AUGGCGUGGUGGGUGCUCCUUUUCACCUGCCUUUUGGAAGGCGUGGCCCUCCCCAGCUUCACCCAGUGCGGGAAGAGCGGCACGGCAGCGCCGCGGGGGGGCGCAGCCGGCAGCGCCUCAAAGCGGCUCUCAGUGGAAGAGCUGGUCUGCGUGCUCCAGUGUUCUUCCUCAGAGCCAGCUUUGGAGCGUUUUUUGGCUCCUCAUCUGGAGGAGCCGAGCCUGCUCUCCCUCGAGCGCCUGGACGCCUUUUGCGAUCCCAGGGCGGACUUCACGCUCACUGUGGCAGUGGCGGUGUGGAACCAGAGCAUCUACUGGCGGAAAUGCCACAGCGACGAGGACGAUGGCGGUUGCAUGCAAGCGUUGAGCGAUCAAGACACGCAUCGCUGGUUACGACUUUUGUACGAACUUUUGGAGGUCGUCGAGGUGGCGAAUGCGCUCUUCCUGGUGCAAUGUGGCGAUGAACCCAACAUGCCGAUCGAACAUGAGGAGCGCUUCCCGGUGUUCCAUCCCGAGGGUGGCCAUGGUUUCUGGAACAUCCCCUGGCUCAACCCGUAUCAGCUAAAAGCCCUCCAGACAGGCUUUCUCGACAACAGGACACGGCCCAGCUCGGUCCAGUGGGACCAGAAGCUGCCAAAGGCCUACUGGCGUGGCCAGCUCUGUGGGCCCAACGAGGUACCCCUGCGGAAGGCCUCGGCGUUGCCGCGGUUUCGCAUCUUCGAGCUGGCCAAGCAACGGCCCGAGCUGUUUGAUGUGGCUGUCGUGGGCAUCGACGAGGAGCUCACGACCAUGUGGGGAAAGAAGGCAGUGAAGCGGCUCAUUCGGAAGCACCAGGUCCGCUUCGUGGAGCCCGAGGACCUCGAGGUCUUUGCACCGAAGUAUCGGUAUCUUCUGAACCUGAAUGGAGUGGUGUCUUCCUGGCGGCUCUCCCAUUUGCUCGGCAUGGGUUCGGUGCUACUUUUGCAGAGGUCCCAGACCCACGAAGCGUUGCAGGAGCUUCUGGAGCCUUGGACGCACUAUGUGCCUUUGGCCGACGAUUUGAGCGAUCUCCUUGGACAUUUGGAGCUUUUGCGCAAUGAAACCCUGGCGGCGUCUUUAGCAAAGGCUGCUCAGGAGCUAUUUGCCCGGCGUGUGCGGCCGGAGGACACCUACUGCUUUGCCUUGCGCUCCUUAGAAGUCUCUCGCGCGGAGGUGACACUGGAGGCACUGCUGCAACGCGGCUUCGAGGCCGCCCCCUCGCUGAAGCACUUGGACGAGGCCUGGCACCCAGACGGCCUUCGGCCGUUGCGCCAGCGCCUGCAGUCGCGGGCUCCGUCACGGGACUCCAGUGCGUCCGCCAGUGCCGGGCGAGGAGUUGCAUCCACGCGCGCGGUGCUGCUGCAUCGACAGAGUUGCACGGACGUGGUCGGCGUUGUGUUUUCGGCCAUGGCGAAUCUCGUGGAAUUGAUCGAUGCCUUCCAUGACGAAGGGAGCAAGAUGGUUUCCAUCGUCUUGGAAUUCUGCAUAGGUGGCGACAUGUUAGAGGUCAUGUCGCGUCAUCGAGGGAAGAACAGCAAGGGCUUGAGAGAAUCAGCCACCUGCCGAGCAAUGACCCACAUGUUUCGUGCUUUGGCCUACCUUCAUGAGCAAGGGGUAGUCCAUCGAGACGUGAAAUGCGAGAAUGUUUUCAAACUUGAGGCUCCAAACCAAAUGACAUUGGAGGACUGCACCUACAAAUUGGGAGAUUUGGGACUGGCUGCAUGUGUGAUGCCCGAUGAGGUUCUCAUGGAACAAGUCGGAUCACCUUCCACUUCGGCGCCGGAGGUCGUUCGGGGGCGUCCGUAUGGAAAGCCCGCAGACCUUUGGUCGGCGGGAGCAGCGAUCUAUACCCUCCUUGCGGGUCGGAGGCCUUUUGAAGCCUCAUCCUACCAUCAAAUGGUCAAGGUCAUGAGCAAGGUCGAGGUGACCUACACAGGAGAUACUUGGUUGCGAACUUCAAAGGCCGCAAUGGAGCUGCUGUUGGAACUAUUGCAGGAAAACCCUGACAAGAGGCCAACUGCUGCAAAAGUGUUGAAACACGCGUGGUGCCAACGAGACCACCGUGUUUGCACCACAUCUUAA